AAAUGCGAAAGUGCUCUCGAUUCGAUCCUUCUGUCUGGCUUGCUCUCUCGUGCGUUUGGCUGGAAUAUUGUGAUCAAAAUAUUUGAAAUUGUAAUUCCAAAACAUUGACUUGUGAUGAAUUCGGUGGCUUUCUGAGAACAGACAGUCAGUACAGUGCGAUUGGAAGUAGUGAACUAAGCUGUAUUUUGCAGUUAGUGGGAAUCAACGAAACGGGGUAAAUGUACUUAAUUCUGGCAGCUCUAGCACUAGUGACCUACUUUUUGUGGAUCCUUUUGGAUGGCCGUAACCAACCUCCGGGACCCUGGGGGCUCCCUCUUGUAGGGUACCUACCUUUCAUCGAUCCCGCCAAACCGUACGAAACCAUGACCAAACUGGCACAACGGUAUGGACCUAUUUUCCGGCUCUCUAUGGGCCAAGUAAAUGCAGUGGUUCUCAGCGAUCCAGGCCUCAUCCGGGACGCCUUAAAGCGAGAAGAGUUUACCGGACGGGCACCACUCUUCAUAACCCAUGGCAUUAUGGGUGGUCACGGAAUCAUCUGCGCGGAAGGCAAUCUUUGGCGCGAUCAACGGCGUCUCUCGAUCGAGUGGCUCCGCAAGAUGGGAAUAACAAAAUACGGACCAGCCCGAGUGACCCUCGAACGGCGCAUUCUGGACGGAGUGAAUGAACUCGUGCAGGACAUCAAAAGGGAAUCGGAGAAAGUGUUUGCCGUCGAUCUUGCGCCGUUGAUGCACCAUAUUCUAGGAAAUCUGAUGAAUGAUCUCGUAUUCGGCCAGAAGUACGAUCGGGAUGACGAAACCUGGCAGUAUCUGCAGCAUCUACAGGAAGAAGGCGUCAAGCAUAUCGGCGUUUCAAUGGCAGUUAAUUUUCUGCCGUUUUUAAGACAUCUGCCUUCGAGCAAAAGGAUAAUUGAAUUUUUAUUAAACGGCAAAGCAAAAACCCAUAAAAUUUACGACUCGAUCAUCGAGAAGCGACGCCGGGCUCUGCUAGCAGCACAGUCUCAGCCCCUGAUCGGGGUCAAUGAACCCCUUGGAUCCGAAGCCAUCGAAGCCGACCAACCACCGGAUUGCAUUCUGUCGAAUUUUGUACAGGAAACACGCCGCCGAGAAGCCAACGGUCGACCGGAGCUUGCCUUCUGCAGUGACACCCAACUGCGCCAUCUCUUGGCCGAUCUGUUCGGGGCAGGUGUUGAUACCACGUACGGCACUCUGCGGUGGUUGUUGCUUUUUGUGGCCCGGGAUCUCGAGGUGCAACGGAAACUACGGCAGGAGUUGAGACAGGCGGCUCAGACGACUUCCAGGACGACUGAAGGCCACCGGCAGGAUACUUUGGCGCCACCUGGACUUGAUGAGCUGGAUAUGUUGCCCUACCUGAAGGCAUGUGUAGCUGAAACUCAGCGCCUCAGAACGGUCGUUCCUCUGGGCAUUCCACACGGAACUUUUUCGGAAUCGAAACUAGCCGGCUAUCGCAUUCCAGCCAACACCAUGAUAAUGCCACUGCUCUGGGCCGUUCACAUGGAUCCAAAACUGUGGGAAGCCGAUCGGUUCGGCGAUCCCUCGCUGUUCAAUCCGGAACGCUUCCUCGAUGCGUCCAGCGGUCAGUUCGUGGUUCCGGCACACUUUAUGCCCUUCCAAACCGGCAAACGGAUGUGCCUGGGUGACGAGCUGGCCCGCAACAUCCUGUACCUUUACGCGAUCGGCAUCUUCUGGAACUUUGAGCUGGAACUUUUCAAUGGGGACAGCAUCGAUUGGGAUGGGUUCUGCGGAAUAACACUGACACCGCCCACUUUCGAGGUUAUGGUCAAAGUUUUACCCACUGCUGAGUGAUGAUUGUGUAGCGGAAAAAAAGAGGAAUUUCGGAUGAUCUUCAAGAUAAAUAAUACAGAAAACUUACGUAAAUAAAAUAGUUUAUUUCUGCUUCGAAACGAACAAUCAGACGUGUGUAAAACCAAUACUCAAAUAUUGACUCAAUCUCAACUCGCUGUCAACCGCUAAGAGGAAAGCUAACACUUUUAAUAAAACAGUUGUAAAGUAUAAAUAGUCACGUAACACACAUUUUGUGCUACAUGUUUUAUUGCU